ACACGUACUGCUUUUACAAUGAAUUCUGUUUUUCAAAUUAUUUUUCUAUUUUUUAUCUUUGUCAAGUCUACUAUUCAUCUGGAGUAUUGUCCACCUCAUUGCCAGUGUGAGUGGGAAAUACACAGUGUGUCGUGCUUUGGAGUUGAGGUUGUGCCUGUUUUCCAUUCCAGCACAAAAGAAGUAUGGCUUCUGGGGACAAAAAUGUAUUCCAUUUCUGAGAAUGCCUUUGCAAACUUGGCCAAUAUUUCUCAAAUAUACAUAUCUGAUGACAGUACAUUAAGAUAUCUUGAAAGGCAUUCUUUCUACAACCUGUCCAGGGUCACACACAUACAACUAAAUGGCAUCAAAACACUGUCAUAUAUUGAUCAAGACGCUUUUAAGAAUCUGCCUAAUUUAAAAUAUCUUGGGAUCACAAACACAGGUCUCACCACCUUUCCUGAGCUACAGCAUAUUCACUCCAGCCAAGAACAUUUUAUAUUGGAGAUGGUGGAGAAUGUUUUUAUCCAAGUCAUACCUGCUAAUUCCUUUACUGGAAUAUCUCUGAAUACUUUGACUAUUGUGCUGAAUAGCAAUGGUGUGAAAGAGAUCCAGGACUAUGCUUUCAAUGGAACCAAACUGGAGGAAGUGUAUCUUGAUAGGAAUUUGGAUUUAGAACAAAUAGAGGAAUUUGCAUUUUAUGGUGUGAUUCAAGGCCCAACUCACCUAGAUCUUUCAGAUACCAAAGUACACUCUUUACCAUCAAUAGGUAUGAAGAACAUUGAAAAGCUCCAAGCUAAAAACACAUGGGCCUUAAAAAUGCUGCCUCCUUUAGAGCUUUUUGUUCACUUACAAAGCGCUGAAUUGACCUUCCCAAGUCAUUGCUGUGGUCUUAAAAUGCUGAAAAGAGGGCAAGGACACUCUGAGGCAGUUAUCUGCAACCUGACAUGGGCUACUUCAGGGAAGCUGCAGCUGUCAUCUGCAACGCUCUCUCAGAGGUAUCUGGAGUACAACAUCUCACAACAUCUGAAAUCUGAAAAGUUUGGUAUUCCAACUCAUGGCAGUGCAAAUAGCAAUCGCAACAGCCUGAUUUGCCCAACCAAGAAGUCUCAGGAUGAUACUUUGUUCUAUGUAAAAACAUAUUCAGAGCAUCUUAGUGAAGUUUUUGACUCUUCGCUGUGUAAUGAACUUGACGCAGAUGAUGGACCCUCAUGCACCCCCCUGCCUGAUGCUUUGAACCCCUGUGAAGAUGUGAUGAGUAAAGACAUCCUGAGGAUAUUGGUCUGGGUCGUCAGUUUAUUUGCCAUUUCAGCAAACCUAUUGGUGCUCGUCAUCCUGUUGACCAGUCGACAGAAAAUGUCUGUUACCCGUUUUCUUAUAGGUCACCUGGCAUUUGCAGAUUGCUGUAUGGGGUUCUACUUGCUGGUCAUUGCAUUUGUGGAUUUCUACACACGCUCCAAUUAUCAUCACUAUGCGAUUACCUGGCAAACAGGAAGUGGCUGCAAUAUAGUGGGAACAUUAUCUGUGUUUGCAAGUGAGUUAUCUGUGUUCACAUUAACUUUAAUCAGUCUUCAGCGCUGGAAUGCCAUCUUCUCAGCUAUCAGGCCAGACAGAAAAAUGAGGUUGCGUCAUGCAUCUGUGCUAAUGCUUGUCGGCUGGUUGUUGUGUGUGUUUCUUGCACUGCUGCCAGUACUUGGUGUGAGCAGUUACCAGAAAGUAAGCAUCUGCUUACCUAUGGACACUGGGACAACUGCUGCACGGACCUACAUUAUUUCUGUCUUGAUUGUUAAUGUCACUGCUUUUAUGGUAGUAUGCUUAUGUUACAUCCACAUCUACUUUAUGGUACACAAUCCCAAUCAUAACUCCAGCAGAUAUGACACGAGCAUGGCCAAACGCAUGGCUGUUAUUAUUUUUACCAACUUUUUAUGUCUGGCUCCCACUUGUUUCUACGGCCUGUCUGCAGCUUUCCACCACCCGAUGAUAACUGUCACAGAUUCCAAGGUGCUGCUGGUUCUUUUCUAUCCUCUCAACUCUUGCACCAACCCAUUUUUUUAUGCUAUCUUGACAAAGGCAUUUCACAGAGACAUCCUGAUGAUGCUGAGUCAGAUGGGUCUUUGUCAACGGCAAGCACACCUCUAUCGAAGCCAACUAGUCAGUAUUACUCCCUACAUAUAAAGAAAUUCUCUACCCCAAAGUCCAGCAUCCAUAUCCCCCCAAAAAUAAGACUCAAAAAACAAAAAAUGGCUUUUUAAAUUUGAUUAAUGUCCAUUUCUUAUAGUAAUAGUCAUAAAUGGUUACAUAUUCACAGACCUGAUCAAUCCACAGUGUACUAUGUCACCUAAACAGAGAAGUAACCAUGAGGUUGAAUUUCAAUAUUUAACGUAUAUGUCUUUGAUGCGGUCACAAAUAUAAAUAAUGUCUGAACAUUAUACUAUUCCAGCCAUAAGGUGGAAUAAGAAAACAGAACAGUUCAAAUCAUGAGAAAACAAACAAUGCAUUAUUUAUUUUAUAUUUGCUUUUAGAACCAGGUAACAAACCUUGGUCUAGAUACCAUAUGGAAUUUAAAUUAUCAACCAAAGGGGAAAAAUAUCUAAACAAUGGGAAAUGUAAAGAGCAGGUUUGUCCUAACUUUUUGUGAUCUACAAUUUAUUCUAAACAUUCUAAACUGCGAAUUUAAACUAAUAACAAGUGAGACCCUGGUAGGCUGCAGAUUGUUGGUUGUUCUGUAUAAUUAACUGCUCUUUCCUCGGUAAAAAAAAGGCCACUUAUUAGAUUCCUUUCAGGGCAAGAAGCACAAAAAAAAUUAGACAAUGUCACUUUAACAAUAUGUUGAGCACUCUUGUUCACUGAUAAAAUACAAGCCAUUAUGAUCCACUGUAGCAGACUAAUUCAACCUCCAAUAAAUCCAUUUAUAAUCAAACUGGAUCCUUGCUAUUAGCAUAUUUUAAAAAAUACAAUAAAAUAAAUAAUAAUAAAACAGACGGGAGGGGUGAGUGUGCAGUGAGCUGAGGAAGGAGCUGCUUCCUAGUACAAGAGUGCCUUAAACCCAAACGAACUAUAAGAAAAUAAAGAAAAUAAACAAAUACCACCACAGCAAAAUACUGUGUGUGUGUGUGUGUGUGUGUGUGUCGGACCCUUUGCUACAAUCAGUGACCCAGACAAUUUGCAUAUUAUCAUUAAACUGACUCACGCCCCACUGUUAAUCAGUGGUGCUAGGUUCCAUCAUUAUGCAAAUGUACUGUUUAUAAGGUUGGGGAAACCUGCAGAGACUGAAAAAGUCACUUGGAUGAGUGAUGAAAUGUUUCUUCCACUGAAAAUGCUACAUUAAGAUGAACAGAAUCAAUUUUGAAUCAGAAUUAAUCCUAAAUAAUUCAAUAAAGCCUACAAGUUGUACAUUAAAACCAAGAUUAUAUAAAAAUAUCUCAAUAUACAUGAACCUAAACCAUUUUAAAAAUAAGCCAGACAUACAGUACAUCCAAAAAGUAUUGACAGUGCUUUAAUUGCUUUGUCAUGACAUUUUGUCAUGUUACCUCAUUCCAAAAUGGAUUAAAUUAAUUUUCACUCCAAAAUUCUACACAGAAUACCCCAUAAUGGCAAAUAUACAAAAGUAUUCAUAACCUUGUUGAAGCACUUUUGGUACUAAUUACAAUGUGAACCCUUUCUGAGUAUGAUGCUAUGAGCUUUUAGUCAGAGGCAGUGUUUGAAAA